UGCUCAUCAACGAAGUGGACAUCAGUCAAGUUAAUUGUUUAACUGUUGGUUAUCUGACAAAAGAAAGAAUUGCACGCAAACUACUGUGAAUAAUAUUUUUGUUUAGAUACGUUGUGGAUAAUUAUCUAUUGGAUAAAUCACGAAUAUUCAUUAUGAGAUCCAUGAAGCAGAUUCUCCAGCUAAUUUUCAUCAUGUACAUUCGAAUGGUUCUCUCCAUACGAGACAAACGUAGCCUUCCCGAUUAUUCAGGCCUAAACCCAUUAGUAGGACCAUUUGCAGUUCCAGCAAAUCCUUUUGGAAAUCCAUUUCCUAGUCCCUUCCCGUCUCCAUUUCCUGACCCCUUUGCUAAUCCAUUUUCUAAUCCAUUCCCAAAUCCUUUUUUAAAUCCAUUUCCAAAUCCUUUUGCAAAUCCUUUUCCUGGACCCUUUCCCCUUCCACCCCCAUCACCCGUUGUACCAAUCGUGAUUUGUCCACCUUCUCCUACAGCGCCAGCGGCAGCUGCAACUGCUGCUGCUGCAACCACAGCUGCUACAGGGUUCAGUGGAAUUUUGCAGGCUUUGUUUGCAAAGAAAGCAGCUGUAUUAUCGCCGCCAUUGUCGCUGUCGAUCCCAGUACCAAGCCCAUUUCCAGUACCUGUUAGGGUUCCAGUUCCAGUCCCGGUCGAUCGUCCAGUGCCUGUUACUGUUUAUAAAUCCCAUGAUCAUGAUCACCAUUCGGAUCAUGAUCCAAUAGAAUAUUCCUAUGAAGAGAAAGAUUCCGGACAUCAAACUCCUUGGCAAAAGUCAAAGCCUUGGUGA